AUGGCGCAGAGACUCGUUCAAUUAAUCUACAUUCAUGGCUUUAGAGGCGACGAUACCACUUUCCAGUCAUUCCCCUGCGAUCUACAGGGAUACCUCGCAGCUCGAAUACCCCCAGAACUCAAUAUCCACAUCAGAAGCAGCCUAUACCCCACGUACAAGAGCGUCAAGCCUAUCUCGCAUGCCACCAAAAACUUUCUCGAGUGGCUAACAACACAACCACCGGGGCCUGUAAUUCUACUCGGUCACUCGAUGGGCGGUCUCUUGGCGGCUGAAGCCGCGACACAUAUAUCUAAUAAUCCCGACGGAUACAGGCCGCAUCGCAUCGUCGGAAUGGUAGCCUUCGAUACACCGUACCUAGGCAUGCACCCUCAUGUCGUUAUAACCGGAAUCGCGUCCCUCUUUACCGAUGAUAGCAAGGAUAAGAAGACAGAACGCCAGAUGAAUGAGCAUCCCGACGUUCAGAUCGUCGAUAGCAAUGUUACCGACGAAUGGGAGACCUUCCGGAAGAAUAUAGGCGGUAUGUCGCUCAGUCCAUACAUCAAUCAAUCCCUGCACUCAUCCACUGGAUGCAUAGGCCGGACAUCAUCUUCUUCCCUGCUGCUCUUCCCCUCCCACUCAUCCUCGUCCCCACCUUCCCGCUCACCCUCGCCCUCGCUCAUCGACCAGACGAUGAACUUCCUAAACUCGCACGCCGAUGAUCCGUUGGUUCGUUGGGCCCGCAAACACUCGGACGAACCGUUUACCGCCAGCAAACGUUGGCUCGUUGAGCAUUUUCAGUUUGGCUCGUGCAUGUUCGAUCCCGCUGGGUUAAAGGCCCGAUACACGGCGCUUGUCAAGUGGAAUGGCGGUCUAUGGGUGAACUAUUGGACACAGACAGUGCCCCGAGUACAGGAGGACGCGCAUGUACACGAGGCGGAUAACGACGUGGCCCUGCUUCAAACAGGAAUGGCAGAGACCCUGUCGAUCACUUCCUCAAGUUCCUCUUCGUCUUUACCCUCGCUGGGUCCCUGGACAACCUCGGAGACAAAGACAAAGACAAAGACAAAGGUGGCGAAGAAAGAUUCGGGGAAACAUCUCAAGAAGCAGAGAGAUAAAGAAGCGAAAAAGGGAAAGAUCGGACGACACUUUAUCGUUCUGCCGACGGGGCUGGGACGGAUCCUCGGUGGAGGAGAAAAGUGGGAAAAGGUGCUGAUCGCCGGUGUCAGGGAUGAGGUCGGAGCGCAUUGCGGUCUGUUUAUUCGUGGGCAGAAUAUGGAUUAUGAUGGACUUGUGGAUAGGGUAAGUAGAAAGAUUUUGGGGUGGUGUUAUACCCUGUAG